GAUUUAACUUUAGGUACACUGAAGAGAUCUCUUUACUGUUUGUUCUCUCAGUUUUGGAAGAUACUUGAUGUGGGACAAGCUUGGGUUGCGUUUACUGAAGUUACUGCUGCUAGUAAUGCUGUUCGUCAGAUGCAGAAUUUCCCCUUCUAUGAUAAGGCAAUGCGCAUACAAUAUGCAAAAGCGAAGUCAGAUUGUAUAACUAAAGCUGAAGGACCUUCGUUCCGAAAGAUAAGAAAAGGAAGCACUAAGAGAAAG